GAGGGCAUCGAAUUGGUGUUGCUCGCGUAAAGUUACGGAAAUUUGUGCGUGCGUGCGUGCGUGCCCUCGAUUUGGGAUUUCACAAUUCUCGUGCCCCCCAUCGUCACGCGUGAAAACACGCAGUUCUCCCGUCCUGGCCACGAACCGUGGCGUGAAGUGCCCCGAAAACUCACGUCCAAUUGCGAGCUCAGCAAAAGUAGUGACCGAGGAAGAAAAAAGUGCGGAAAAAGCAAAGCAUCGCGUGUAAACAAACAAACAACAACCCAGUGAAAAGGGAGGUGCAGCAGCAGCAGCAGCAGCAGCCAGAAAGCCAGUGCGGUGGCAACAAAGUGUGCAUUUGUACUCGUUUUGUGUAUGUCUCUGUGUGUCGGUUAGUGUGACGUGUCGAUGGUGUAAAUUGAAACCGCGCAGCAUCCCCAGUAAGCUGUGCGGAGCGAAAAGCGCCGCCGCUCGAACAUCAAAGGCGAACAAUCCGCGACGACCAAACGUCGUUUCGGGCGGAAACGGAGUUGUAAAAUAUUUACCUUUUCUGCGUUGCCCCCUUGACCUGUUUUGCCACAAGAAGUAACGGCAGCAGCAACAUCAACAGCAUCAACAACAACAUCGUCGUCAGCAAACGCGCAGCUGCAGUCCGGGGCUCGACGCUCGUGACAUCAUUAGAACGUCUCCGCGGUCAUAUUUAUGUAAAUUCUGUGUGCCAAUCGGCAACCGGAAAGGCAGACCGAGUCUCUCCGUGUGUGGUUCUCGCUGGAAUGGAAAGGUAAACAAAAAUCGAUCGAAAAACCUGCGCACAUUGCCAGUGGGAGCAGCGAGCCAGCCCCAGCCAGCCGGUCGGUCGGUCGGUCGGUCAGAAUCGAUUACCGUCUGAAGAGAACGGCGAGAUAAACACCACAUUCCCGGAGACGGAGGAACUACACCACCAGAUACGACAAGAACAGCCGCGAGCCGACGUGGUGGUGACUCGCCUGUAAGAAAAGAAAACAAAACAUCAGCGACAACAGCGCUUGCGCUCGUUCGUGCGUGUCUUGCUGUCAUAGGCGCAACCAACAACCAUCCCCCCUUUUUGCCGCCCGGUGCGCUGGGUGGAGCACAGGAUAUCGACGCGCGACGCAGACAUCGCGUCACACUAUCGUCAUUAUCAUCACCAUCAUCGUCGUCGUCGCGCCAAAUGCGUACGCACCAUCGUCAGUGUGAGCAGCAGCAGCAGCGAGAGCAGCAAGUGGUGCGCCGUGGCCGUCUUCGUCAGUCGUAGACAGGCGAUUCGAGCGGACACACUCAUGGGGGGCAAACAUAGCCGCCACCAACAGCAGCAGCAGCAACAGCGACGAGACGAGAAGCAGCAACUGAAGCAGCGGAAAGUGAAAUCGAAAUCGAAACGUGGCCGCCAGUCGGUGUUGAGCCAUCUGAACGAUCUACCGAUCAUCGAGGACGGUGACGAGGGGCCGACGUACGCCAUCGGUCGGCGCACGGAACAGCAAGUGUCCGAUGGUGGUGGAGGCGCCAUCAGCAACAGCAACAACGGCGGCAGUAGUGGCAGUGGUGUGGUAGAUGAAAUUGCAAAAAGUUCCGUUACCAUCACGAUUUGCAUGCUAAAGAUGGAAGCGAAUGCCGCCGGUCCCGGUGGUAGUGUUGAGACAGUGGAGGAAAGUCCUGCGGUAGUGGUGGGAAGUGCUGGGCAGUCGAUUGAAUCUUCGGUGGAGGCCAUAGCGUCGCCGUCAUGCCCAGUGAGUGCUUUGGUUGAGCAACAACAACCGGGAGGAGAGAUGGAAGAGCCGAUGUUGAUGGCGAGUCCGGUGACACGAGCAGCUCUGCCAGCGGCCGCUCCAAUCAGUGAGCUACUGUCGGCGAUGACCCUCGGCAGUGGUCCGCAUGCCCGUUGCGGAUGCUUCGAGACGAGUAAUUGUGGUUCCGUGCCGGGACUGACAUCGACACCACUGUCGACGAUGGCGGCAACAACGGCAACGGCCGUAACGCCACAGGUCACAUCAACCACAACACGACCUCCGACGGUAAUGUCUGGGCCGACACCGACGGUAAAGUGUAGCUGCAAUUGCAACUCGCUCCCGAUGGGACUCGGUCUUGGAAGCACUAGCACCACCACCACGGUUGGCAACUCAAUGGAUAAUCGGUUGAACAACAACAGUAGCCCCAGUGAGCUUCUACCGGGUGGUCCGGUACCUUCGACGACGGCCUCGAGCAUCAACAACCCGGCAGUAGCGGCAGCAGCCCUUGCGAUGUGGUCCUCAAACACCAGCGGUACCACGACACCGGCCGCCGUAUCGUCGCGGUACAACUUUAUGUUUCAACCACAGCAUCUGCACCAUCAUCACCAUCAUCAUCAUCUGCAUCAUCACCAUCAUCAGCUGAUGCAGUUGCACCAUCAUCUGCUGCAUCAUCACCACCACCAGGCACUCCAGGAACCGAUCAUGGGGAGCCCGAUCGGUGGGGGUCCUGUGACCGGCCAAUCGAAUGGUGCCGCCGCUGACUGGCGUGUUUUACG